GAAAUUAUACCACCUGAAUCUCAACCGAAAGAUACUAUUAAUAAUGAAACUAGUCUUUCAAAAAAUCCAAUUAUUGAAGUAGAUCUUAUAGAAAAUAAUUCCUUAGUAAAUGGUAAUAAUGACAUUCCAACAACGAUUGAUAAUCACAAUAAUAAUAAACAGAUACAAUCGGACAGUACACUGGAACAAAAACAUCGUCUAUCAAAUGGUGAAAACAUGCCACCAGAUCUAUCAGCGGUCAAAGAAGACGAUCAUAAAAAGAUCGAAACAUCUAAUAAUGUAACAACUAAACCUCCACCAGUGCCUAUAUUAACGUCAUCAAACAAUGUACCGAAACCACCACCAUUACCCUCUUUUGUUUCGAAUACUACUCCUACUACUACGACGAACACGACUUCUAAGAUUCCAGUAGUAAUUACUACUCAAUUUCAAUCUCGUACGUUAUCUGAAUCAAAAGAAUCUUCACCACCAAUGUCUAUUCAACGAGUAUCUCCAACUUCUUCAAUAAUAAAUGAACAAAAUAAACAACCAACAAUUACUAUUGAACGAAUACCUUCGUUUUCAGAAAGACCAAAUGAAAUAUUUCCAACUCGUAAAGGCGCUAAUAUUGAAAUAGGUCGUCUUGAAAUCGAAGAUUUAGCUCGAAGAGAAUUAGAUAAUAGAUGCGAGUUAUAUUAUCAAGAUUUACUCGAAGAAAUUAUUCAAUCAGAUUUUGAGAAACCAUCGAUUCCAGAAGUUAUACUUUCUGUUAUAACUGAUCUAACAGCUGAUGAUGUUGAUGAUGAUGAUGAUAUUGAACAAACGUGUGAAGAAGAAAUUGAAUUUGAAACUGACAAUAUCGAUUCGAUAUAUUAUUUUAAACAAGAUAAACCACGUUUAAAUUCAUCACCUAUGCUCAACACAAACAAUGAGAUUGAUUAUUAUUAUACAUGCGUACGUCAAGCCGUAGAAAAUGGAAAUGAUCAUGAUACAAUACGAAGUAUAAAUAAUUCAGAUCAAAUUAUUCCUAUCAUAUCAAAUACUGAUCCAACAUCAAAUUCUUUACAAACUCGAGAAACACGUCGUCGAACAAUACGAACAACAAGAAGAUUUGUCGGACCUGAUGGUAAAGAAAAAGAAACUAUUACAACAAAAAUUGUAGAGCCACAUGAUGAUUAUCAAUCAAGAUUGAUUGAAAGGUAA